AUUUUGUUCCAUCAGUGACCCCGUAGUGAAAGCUGCCCUGUGUUUUGAGACGAAUGUCAAGCUAAGUUGCUUUCACGUUGUCUCACGGUUACUGGACUAUUGCUAGCUAUAGUAAUGGUCUUUAUGCAUUUGAAGUGCUAAAAGAGUUACAUACACGCACACGAGCGUAGUUGACGGUUCAGUUUUGAACGCGGACUGCCAUUUUUUAGGAAACUAGCCCCGGUAGCUUGUUUACUGCUGCUAACCCUGCUAGCUUAGCUAACAAGCUGUCAACAUGUCGGUUAACAAAGCCAUGAUGUUUGGUGCACAGCUCAUGUGAUGGGUUUGAGAUGACCUGCAGCUUUUGACCAACAGAAAAUCUGGCAUUUAGUACGUUGAGAUUUUACACAGGGUGACCCAUGCUUUCUGAUGAGCUUGACUCCAAACCAGAGCUGCUGGUGCAGUUUGUCCAGAACGCGUCCAUCCCGUUGAUCCAGAGUCUGGAGGAUUCAGAGUCCAAACACUCCUGCCUGCCUCUGCUGGCUCCAGCUGAUAACUCCCUCUGCACUCCGUUGGAGCUCACAGAUGGAGGUCUGAGCCAUGAGCCGGAGACGUCCCCCUCCCUGUCAGAGUUUGGAGGCGUGCCAGAGCAGAGCACAUUAGUGGUCCAGACGCACCCUCAGUCACGGGCUUCACCCAGUCCUCCAACCAUCCUGCAUGACUUUCAGCAGCCAGACAGCACUUCCUACGUCCUGCUUAAUCUCGCAAAAGGUAUACCAGCCUCUUCAGAGUCCCUGAUUUUCGCUGCAGAUGGCGCCGGGGACGAUGAAGACGAGGGGGUCUCGUCAGGGGAUUAUGGAAUAGAUGGCAGCGCGCCCUGGUAUCUGCGGGUGCAGGAGCUGGCGCACGACAGCCUGAUUGCUGCCACACGAGCGCAACUUGCAAGAGACGCCAGAGCCAGCCAGGAUGCCAGAGCUGCAGGUGUCAGUAACGGUGACCACACACACAGUUUGAUAGCGGACGUGGAGAAGCGAGAGCUGCCGGCUCGAAGCGGCCGCCCCCUCUCCAAGCAGAUCCUGCGCUGCUCAUUUGAGGGUUGCUGUAGGACGUUCACCUGGCCGGCUCAUCUCAAAUACCACCUCAAAACACACAGGAAUGACCGAAUGUUCAGGUGCGGUGCAGAGGGCUGCGGGAAGAGCUUCUAUGUGCUGCAGAGGCUGCAGGUCCACAUGAGGACUCACAAUGGUGAGAAGCCCUUCAUCUGCAAAGAGAAGAACUGUGGCAAGAAGUUCACCACCGCUGGAAACUUGAAGAACCACGGACGCAUACACACAGGAGAGAAGCCUUUUCUGUGUGAAGCAGAUGGCUGUGGGAGGUCCUUUGCAGAGUAUUCCAGUCUACGAAAACACAUGCUUGUACACUCUGGUGAGAAGCCUCAUGUGUGUGGGAUCUGUGGCAAGACUUUCUCCCAGUCCGGCAGCAGAAACGUCCACAUGAGGAAGAGGCACGGAGAGGAGGGGCUCAGUAGUGAAAGCAGAGAAACAGGAGAGGCUCUGACACAAAGCAGCCUGCUGGAGGCAGAUGGUGAGAAUGGAGGUGGUAUGGUCACCAUGACAACAACUGUGGAACCAAUGAAUCUUCAUCAUGGCAUGCUUAGAUCACCAGAUUCUGCAGACUCUGUGGUAGUUCUCUCUCAGCCUCAUGAACUGGUGGCCAUGACAACGGAAGGCCAUACUUAUGGGGAAGAUGUGGUGGCUCUGCUGUAGUCUCCCAUCAUGACACACAUCACAUGCUGCCUAUUUCAGCAGCCCUGAACUGUCAGUCAGACGACUAAACAUAGACAUUUGUAAAGAGAUUAAUCACAGACUUUAACACUUGUAGAUAUUUUGUAUUUAGCUAUCUAUGAUGGUUUUAUUUUGAGAAGUGUGAUACUGCAGAGUUUAUACAAGACAUUUUUUCUCCUCUUGUUUUUGAAACAAAUCUUCCCAAAGAAAUAUUGAGACGGGUUGUAAAAGAUUCUGAGUGUUGAUGAAAAAUGAAUACCUGAAACCUCGAUGGCUGUUCUGUUUGGUAGGCUUAAAUGUAUCAAACACUUGAUAUUAAAAACUACUUUGCUGCGUGGAAACACUGGUCAUGCACAGCACAACCAGACAGCCUGUUGAUUGUUUGAAACAAACUACAUAUUCAAUUCAAUAAUGUCCAGCACUGCAGGUUGGUGUUAUAAGCUGACAUCUUGCAUUUAGCCUUCAAAGGCAAAAUAUUGCAGAUUUACAGCAGAAUACAUGAACACACGAGAAAAAUGGUGUAUUAAAAUAAAUAAGAGUGAAUCUUGAGGUUAUUUUUGACUGUAUGAAACUGUUAGAAAAGGCAGUGCACAUUACACGUGUUUGUUAAUGAGUACCACAUGAAUUAGCAUCUCAUCGUCUGUUCUUGAGCUCGCCUCAGCAGAUCUUCAGGUUGUGGAAGUGGUCCAAUGUAGCACCUAGAGCCCAGCUGGCCUCAGCAUUGUUCACUUUCUUGGCCAGCUAGGAGGAAAAAAAUAACCAAAAUCACUCAAAUGACUUUUGUAUUAACUAAAUAAAACAGUUUGUGUCAAACUAAA